UGUUCCAUACGCCGGUUGUGCGGUUAUUAGUGUAACUUUAUUUGUGCCAAGUUGACCAAUAAAUAUAAAAAAUGGAUCAAUUACCUUUUCAAAGUUUACCCUUGUGUGGUAUUUUAGCUAUGUCUAUUUGUACAUAUUUUGCAACACUUAGUUUAAUUCCAGUUUUAAGGGAAAAGUUUAUAAAAGCUAACCUUUUUGGCAUUGAUAUGAACAAGAAAACACAUAAGAAAAUUCCAGAAGCCAUGGGGAUUAUUUCAGGAGGCACAUUUCUGAUAACUAUGUUUUUAUUUAUACCUGUACGAUUCAGUUAUUAUAUUUUCAAUGAUGUAAAUCUUCCGCGUAACGAGUUGGAUGAACUUUUGGCAGCUCUGCUAAGUAUUUGUUGUAUGCUACUUUUUGGAUUUUUAGAUGAUGUUUUGAAUCUUAAAUGGAGGCACAAAUUAUUUUUACCAACUAUUUCUAGCUUACCUCUUCUCAUAGUUUAUUAUAUCAAUUCUAAUUCUACAUUGAUCAUCGUACCAAAGCCAUUCAGAACAUUUUUUGGCUUAACUAUAGAUUUGGGGAUCUUUUAUUAUUUUUACAUGUUAAUGCUUGCAGUCUUCUGUACAAAUGCCAUAAAUAUUCAUUCUGGUAUCAAUGGCUUAGAAGCUGGCCAAAGCAUAGUAAUUGCAAUCAGUAUAAUAAUUUUCAAUGGUGUGGAAUUAUUUGGGAAAUGUAUGCAAGCUCAUCAGUUUUCCUUAUAUUUGAUGAUUCCGUUUUUAGCUAGCUCUGUAGCUCUCUUCAAAUACAAUAGGUAUCCAGCAUCAGUUUUCGUGGGGGAUACCUUUUGCUAUUCUUCCGGCAUGACAUUUGUAGUGGUCGGUAUUAUCGGACAUUUCAGCAAAACGAUGCUAUUAUUCUUCAUGCCUCAGAUAUUCAAUUUUCUAUAUAGUGUACCACAACUCUUUCAUUUAAUUCCUUGUCCACGCCAUCGACUUCCCAAAUAUGACGAAAAAACAGAUAUUUCAAAGCCAAGUGUCAUAGUGUUUGAUAAAAAAGAGUUGAACCGUUUAGCACGCUUUAUAAUGUCGAUAUUUCGAUGUUUUCGUGUAGUAGACUGGAAAGAAAGCGACGAUGGAAUCGUCGUUUGUAAUAAUUUAACAUUGAAUAAUUUUGUACUUAUAUUUUUUGGACCGAUCAGAGAACCUAGUUUGACAAAUAUUAUGCUUUUGAUUCAGGUAAUAUGUUCAGUAUUCGCCUUUAUAAUUAGGUAUCCUCUUGCAUCUGUUUUUUAUGAUACUUAAAAAAUUGUUAAAAAGUGUCAACGAAAAGGAAAUAUUUCUAUAAUCGGUGCUAGACAAAGAAUUUUUGUGAUGUUGGAAUAUUAAAUAAAAAUAAGUAUAACUAUUUUUCAGACUAGUGCAGGAAAUAUACACACUAUAUUUCUUACAAAAUUCAUAAAUAUGAUCGUUUAUAACACAUCUGUACAAAGCACCUGUAUGAGGUGCAUUUUUUCAUAAAUAACAAUAAAUUAUAAGAAUUUUUAAUUCAA